ACCAACAAACUAACAUAUUUAUGAAACGUUGUUCUCUUAUUAUUUAAAGAACUUGGAGCUCUUUUUAGUGAUAACUGUCUGAAAGGGAAAGAGUAGUAAAAGAUAUGUCUAACAUACAGAAUUCAGAGUAUUAUGUGGGUUGUUUAUUAUUUUUGUCAUCCAUAAUUCUUAAUCUACUGUUUAUUUUCAAUUGGUAUUAUGGCAGCGGUGGUGGUGAUGAUGAUGUGUGGAAUAACCUGAGUUGGAGCAGAAAAGCAGCAAAAGAAGCAGAGGCAGUUGGUGCCAUCUCAUGCUCAGGCCAUGGAAGAGUGUUCUUGGAUAGCAUGAUCGUUGAUGGAAAGAAAGAGCCAGUCUGUGAAUGCAACUCUUGCUAUGGAGGUGUGGACUGCUCCCAGUUUGAUCCUUCCUGUCCUGCUAAUGCUGAUAGUGGGGAUCCAUUGUUCCUGGAGCCCUUCUGGAUGCAGAAUGCCGCCAGCAGUGCUGUUGUUGUAGCAGGAUGGCACCGAAUGAGCUACGUAUACAGUGAUCAAACUUUAAUCUCAUCAGAACUCGAAAGGCACAUCCGCAAGCUCCAUGCCGCAGUAAGGAAUGCAGUAACAGAAGGAAGAUAUAUUAUUUUUGGUGCCGGCUCAACCCAGCUACUUAAUGCUGCAGUUAAUUCUUUAUCCCCUGAUAACUCCUCAUCCCCUGCCAGAGUUGUAGCUUCAAUCCCAUUUUACCCGGUUUAUAAACAACAGACGGACCUUUUCCAAUCGGUGAAUUUCAGGUUUCAAGGAGAUGCAUCAUUAUGGAGAAACAAUUCAGAUACAAGUACAGAGAUGAUAGAGUUUGUAACUUCACCAAACAAUCCUGAUGGACAGCUGAACGAGGCAGUUCUUGAAGGCUCUAAUGUGAGAGCAGUUUAUGAUCAUGCUUACUUCUGGCCACAUUACACAGCAAUUCCAGCUCCAGCAGACGGAGAUAUAAUGCUAUUUACACUUUCCAAGCUCACCGGUCACGCUGGAUCCAGAUUUGGGUGGGCAGUGAUAAAGGAUGAGGUUAUCUAUCAGAGAAUGCUAACAUAUUUGGAAUUAAAUACACUAGGAGUUUCUCGAGAGUGUCAGCUACGAGCUCUGAAGCUCCUGAAAGUAGUCCUUCAAGGAGGAGGAAAUGCUAUAUUUGAGUUUGGACAUGAGACAAUGAGGAAACGAUGGGAAAGAUUGAGCAAGACCGUAUCGAUAUCAAAGCGAUUCUCGAUCCAGAAAAUACCGCCCCAAUACUGCGUCUACUUCAAGAAAGUCAGGGAAGCAUCCCCAGCUUACGGAUGGCUCAAGUGUGAGAGAGAAGAAGAUAAAGACUGUUAUGCAGUCCUUCAGGGAGGGAAUAUCAUUGGUAAUCCAGGUAACUUGUUUAAUGUUGGAGAUGGGUACGUGCGUAUCAGCCUGCUCAAGAGACAAGAUGAUUUUGAUUUACUGAUUGAGAAGCUGAACCAGCUAGUAUCUGAGGAAGAUGGUCCCAAAAGCAUUUAAUGAAUUUAAAAUCCAAAACUUUAUAAAUCAAAGAUGUCCCAGCAGCUUCAGUAAGAGCUCCUGUUCCUUCUCCAUGUAUACAGAUAAAAUGGUGAUGUCUUGUUGACUUUAAUUAUUGUGUAUUUACUGUACUGAAGGGGUGUGCAUUAUUUGAAGAGGUCAAUGCCUAUUGACCUGCUCAAUGAUAUAUGUAUAUAAUAAUGUCAUAUACAGAAGAAAUUUGUUGAA